AUGGGGUUCAGAGACCUUGAGUGCUUUAAUCAGGCGUUGUUAGCUAAACAGGCGUGGAGGAUAAUUAAUGAUGAUGAUUGUUUGAUGUCUCGUGUAAUGCGUGGUAAAUAUUUUGAGAACAACAACUGCAUCAAUGCUUGUUUAGGGCGCAUACCGUCGUAUGCUUGGAGAAGCAUCAUCUUUGGCAGGAACCUCUUUAAGCAAGGUAUAAAGCAUUUGGUUGGAAAUGGACAGACCAUUAAUGUGUGGUCGGAACCUUGGUUGGAAGAUGUGGAUGGUUUAUGUAGACCCCCGUUAAGAAGACAUAGACUCUUUAAUGUGAAUCUAAAAGUGGCAAAUGUGAUUAACCAUCAAACGGGGAGAUGGGAUGAAAGAAUAAUGGAAGAGAUCUUUGUUCCUAGUGACAUAGCGAUCUUGAGAAGAAAUCAACAUGUGUCCUUGGAGAAAGAUUCUUGGGUGUGGCGUCAUACAAGAAAUGGGCUUUAUUCUGUUAAAACAGGGUAUGAAUUGGCUUUUCAGAAUCUUCAUAAGGAAUUGAUUGAAGAGCAGUCUGCUUGCCCAUCAAUUAAUCCUCUCAAGGAAGAUGUUUGGAAACUUCUUACUCCAUCUAAGAUUAAAGGUUUUAUAUGGAAAGCCCUUUCAGGAGCAAUUGUUGUUUUCGAUCCUUUGCAGGAUAGAGGCUUGAAAUCUGAUCUCGUAUGGGCGCUUUCUGGUUUUCCUGUUCCAAGAGGAGGUUUUGAUGAUGGUUCCAUUUGCAGUAAAGCUUCUGAGGAAGCUGAUUUAUGGUAUCCUGCACAGGAUAUGGAUGGAAGAUGCUUCGGGGCUCAUAGGGAGCCUACUUUUAUGGAAGCGGCUGAAUGGAAAGCUCUCCCAAGAGAUGUGUUAAAAUGUAAUGUUGGGGUGGUGUGGGGGAAGAAAACAAAAAUUGUUGGUGCUGUGUGGGUUUUGAGGGACUCAAAAGGAGAUGUUCUCCUUCAUAGUCGCCGAUUUUUUGCUCAGGUUGAUUCGAAAGAUCAUGCUCAGUACCUAGGUUUGGUCUGGGCCGUUAAAAGCAUGGUGGAGACUGAGUCGUUUGUUGUGAACAGGGGAUCCCGAACUAUAGCUAUUACUGCUUUAAAAGAUGUUUGGUUUCAGUUUUAUGUUGCUAGGGCUCUCUCAGAUGGCGUUCUUAAGGUUUUGAGGUGGUGUUGUUAUAAGUUUGUAUUCCUUCUAGAGAGGUAUGUUUGUAUGUUUGAUCCAGAACUUUGGUUAUUUCAAUGA